AUGGCCAACGAUCCCAGGCAGAACGAAGCCCAAGUGACGCUAAUUCUCGGCCUGGAUUCUACUCAUCUCGAAUCUCUAAUUUCACACUUAAUGUCCUUCUCCAACGACCAGCGUUCUCAGCUUGAGUCUCUCUUCAACCUCUGCAAGCAGACCCGCCCAGAAUCCCUCCUCCUUGGCCUGGCCCACCUCCUCCACACUGCCCCCAAACCGAAGACCCGAACCAUGUCCGCUAUCUUCGUCCGCCGCCACCUCACGCACCACCACGACUCUUUCCUCUGGCCACUCCUCUCCCCGGCCGCUCGCUCCUCCCUCCACUUCGUCCUCCUCUCCUCGCUCCAACAAGAGCCCAUCAAAUCCAUCCCCAAGAAGCUCUACGACACCAUCUCUGAACUCGCCGCCACAAUUCUCCCCGACGACCCCUCCGUCUGGUCCAACCUCCUCCCCCUCCUCUUCCAGUGGGUCACUUCUCUCGAGCCUAGGGUCCAGGAAGUCUCCCUCCUGAUAUUCACCCAAUUAGCUCACUACAUCGGUCAAACCAUACUUCCUCAAUUGUCCACUCUCCACUCUGUCCUUUAA